GAACAACUUCCUUAGGAAAAAUCCAAAAUGGUGUUCGGCCAAGCAUCCCGUGUUCUUGUGAGGAGAUUUACAACCUCAGCAGCCAGAAGAAGUCAAGAAUGGCAGCAAGAAGGCGUACCGGGAUCUAACCUGCCAUUUAACAUCCACAACAAGACAAAAUUGACCCUGUACUUCAUACUGUUCUUUGGCAGUGGUUUGACUGCACCUUUCAUUCUCCUUCGAAGACAUUUACUUCUUGAGUACUCAAAGUAACUGAUCAUAAAUUAUAUGGAAUGUGUGCUUAGAGAA